GGUUUCGCAGAACGUGACAGCGAGUCGCAGAGUAGUCCCACAUCGCAAUCUGCCAUGGCCUCGCCAGUCUCGACCGAGUCGGCCGACGUUGUCGCGCGCUGCAAGAGCCUCGCGGCGCAAGGCGUCACCAGCGCCGCGAGCGUGCCCAGCACCCCGCCGACGAGCGUGGCGGCGCGCCUCACGCGCGUCGGCCUUGGCUGGAAUGACCUCUCGACCUUGAUGAAGCAAGCGCUUCUUUGGGACCACGGCCUCGUGCAGACCGACGCGACGAUGUUGACGCAAGUGUACACGAGCUGCGAGAGCGACGGCGUCGGCAGGGCCAUGGCCUCGAUUGGCCUCACCAAAGCCGAGGUCGCUGCCGCCGGCGUCGCGAUCGCGGCCUGCCCCGCAUCCACCGGUAGCUACGCGCGCCAGGACCUUGGUUCGUUCCCGCUCAAGCUCACCAAGUGCGCGGUCCCGCUCAAGAGCGCGUUUACGAGCAAUGCGAGUGUGUGGAGCCAAGACGCGCUCGGAUCGAAUCGGCCGUUUGACCUGCGUGUGUACCAGCACUCGGCGACGUCCGGCGCCAUCAUGGCCAUCCACGCGAUUAGCGCUGGCGGCGCCGACUCAGGCACGACGACGUCGAUCGGGUCGUGCCCUUUGACGCCCGGCGGCCUCGCCAUUCCGUGCGCCGUCUACUCGACCGCGGUCGUCUCGUCGAGCAGCGGCAGUGGCGCUGUCCCCAAGUGGUGCAUUCCGCCGACCUCGGACGCCAUGACCACAUGGCUUCUCGAGGUGCGGGCAACGAGCAAGCCGGCGGCGUCCGACGCGUCGUCGUCAACCGCCGCGAUUGUGCUCGGUGUGCUCCUCGGCGUCGUGCUGCUCGCGGUUGGCGGCUACUGGUUUCUCGUACUCCGCAAGCCGCGCAAGAAGAAGCGACGAGCGACCGACUCGCCGGGGUUCCUCGGCAAUGCGUUCUUGCGCCACAACAACCAGCGCCGCGACCUCGAGCCCGAAGACGAAGACUCGUACGAGCGCCAGCUCCAGGAAAUGAACGUCGGGACCGCCGCCGCGUCACUCAAGCUCAACGCGUUCGAGCACGACCCCUGCCACCGUAUUUUGUCCAAAGGCGCAUACGGCGAAGUCUGGCUCGGCUCGUUCCGCGGCAAGGAAGUCGCGAUCAAGAAGAUUCUGCACGCCAAGCGCCACGACACGUUUGAGCUCGAGUGCUUUACGGAAGAGAUUCGUAUCAUGGCGGCGCUGGACCACCCGCACAUCGUCCACCUCAUUGGCUUUGCGUGGGACACGCUCACGAACCUCUGGUACCUCGUGGCCAACAUGGAGUUGAGCUGGGACGCCAAGCUGCGUCUGGCUGUCGGCACGGCGCGGGCGCUCGCCUACCUCCAUGGCCGGUCCCCCGCGGUGAUUCACCGGGAUCUCAAGAGCAAGAACAUCCUCGUCUCGGAUGCUGGCGAAGCGAAACUGAGCGACUUUGGCAUCUCCCGUACCCGUGUCGCGGACGAGACCAUGACCGUCGGGGUGGGCACGGUGUACUGGACCGCCCCCGAAGUGCUUCUGGGUCAAAAGUACACGGAGCAAGUCGACAUUUACUCGUUUGGCGUCGUGCUCUGCGAGCUCGAUACGCACCGCGCGCCGUACGCUGACAUGCAAGAGGUCGCGCAAAUGGCGAUCGCCCAGCGCGUCGCAACGCAUCAGUUCCGCCCGCCGUUUAGCGCCAAGUGCCCGAAGCUCGUGAAAGACCUUGCCGACCGCUGCAUGGCCCAGGACCCGAGCGCGCGCCCGAGUGCGCAGGAAAUCGUCGACCUCAUUGAGCUCUGGAAGGGCUGGAAACAGGCCUAG